AUGACUACGGAGGUGCUCGCAUCUGUCCAGGCAGACCUUGAGUCCAAGAUCUCAGUUGCCGAGGAGAAGAUCGCAUCUGGAGAUGCAGAGAAGACCAAGCGAGAGGCAAUUGCUGAGCAGCUCCCCACGCACCCCGCGCAUGAAGGGGCUGCCGUGGAGGUGGGAUGGGAAGAGGCCGAGGUGGCCGCAGAGGAGCUCAGCGCCGCUGAAAAGGCCCACAAGACGGCCGAGCAGGAGCAGAAGGCCGGUGACACGAAGCUUGUCCAGGCCGAGGCGAAGAAGGAAAAGCUGGAGACGGUGAUGACAUCCGUCUUCGUCCCGUGCAAGGAUGGGACCGUGGAGGCCGGCUCCAAGUCCAAGGCAGGGGAGCGAUUGACACACUCAGCGGAUACCUUUGCCUUCGAC